AUGAACACCUCACAUCACCAUGGACUGCAUCAUUCAUACCGAAAUCACAGCCAGGGGGCUUUGCCAGUGGGAAAGCCUGAUCAAGGUGAGAGAGGAUCAACCUCUGGAUGUUACGAGCAGCUACUCAUCUCCACAGAGGUCUUCCUCACACUCGGGCUCGUCAGUCUCCUGGAGAACAUUUUAGUGAUUGCUGCUAUUAUCAAGAACAAGAACCUUCAUUCUCCCAUGUACUUCUUUAUCUGCAGUUUAGCUGUAGCAGACUUGUUGGUCAGUGUCUCAAAUGCCUCCGAAACGGUAGUGAUGGCACUCAUCACGGGGGGCAACCUAACUUAUCGCGAGAGCAUCAUCAAGAACAUGGACAACAUUUUUGACUCGAUGAUCUGCAGCUCACUGUUGGCCUCCAUUUGGAGUUUGUUGGCCAUAGCGGUGGACCGCUACAUCACAAUCUUCUACGCCUUGCGCUACCACAACAUCAUGACCCAACGGCGGGCGGGCACCAUCAUCACAUGCAUCUGGACCUUGUGUACGGUCUCUGGCGUGCUCUUUAUUGUGUACUCUGAGAGCACCACCGUUCUCAUCUGCCUUAUCAGCAUGUUCUUCACCAUGCUGGCGCUUAUGGCCUCGCUCUACGUCCACAUGUUUCUUCUAGCCCGGCUGCACAUGAAGCGCAUUGCCGCCCUCCCUGGCAACGGCCCUAUCUGGCAGGCGGCAAAUAUGAAAGGGGCCAUCACUAUCACUAUCCUGCUGGGAGUAUUCGUGGUGUGCUGGGCUCCCUUUUUUUUGCACCUCAUCCUCAUGAUCUCUUGCCCCCGGAAUCCAUAUUGCAUCUGUUUCAUGUCCCACUUCAACAUGUAUCUGAUCCUCAUUAUGUGCAACUCGGUCAUAGACCCUCUCAUCUACGCAUUCAGGAGCCAAGAGAUGAGGAAAACCUUCAAGGAGAUCUGCUGCUGCUGGUAUGGACUGGCGUCUCUGUGUGUAUAAGCUUGUUUCUGUUUGACGUCAAAGUACUGUUUGGGAGAUAGAUGUUGACUUGCUGGAUGAUGCUGAGAAUGUGGGAGAUCUAAUUACA